GUUUGAAAGUGCAGUGACUGUUCGUGAAUCAACAGCAGGUACUUUUUCAAUUAAUUCAUCUAAUUCUUCAUUAUUUUUAAUUGUUUCUAUAAAUUUACCACUGCUACGUAAAAUAGCACCAACGAAAUCUGGAUCCAUUGAUGGCGGCCGUAGUCUUUUUCUGAUCUGAUGAUUUACAACGCAACAGAUUGUAAGAUGACAAAAUAUUUAUAAAAUUGUAAAAUGAUAAUAAAUUUAAUUUGUAAUUAUUGAAGUUUUAUUUAAAUUAAUUAUUUAAUUAAUGUAAUGAAGAUUAAAAUGGUUGACAUUGCGGGAAAUUUGAAUUUUGUUAGAGAGAAAAUAUCCAAAGCAUGUUCUCGACGUUCACCAGAAUUCGGUAAUUCAAUACCACGUUUAGUUGCUGUCAGUAAAACAAAGCCGGCAAAUUUGUUAAUCGAUGCCUAUGACGCUGGUCAAAAACACUUUGGCGAAAAUUACGUAAAUGAAUUAAUUGAAAAAUCUGGUCAUCCUGAGAUUCUAAAACGUGAUAUCCGCUGGCAUUUUAUUGGCCACUUGCAGAGAAAUAAAAUAAACAAAGUAUUGGCAGUUCCAAAUCUAUGGAUCAUUGAAACAGUUGAUUCAAAUAAAUUGGCAUCGGCACUGGAUACUGCGUGGACAAAAUAUAGAAAGAAUGAUGAUAAUAAACUUAAUAUUAUGGUACAAGUAAAUACCAGCAAAGAAGAAGAAAAAAGUGGAUGUGACCUUUCAGAAGCAUCAUCGCUAGUAAAGCAUGUGAUUGAAAAUUGCAAAAAUUUGAAAUUCCUCGGAAUAAUGACGAUAGGUGCCUACGGUUACGAUCCAUCAAAUGGUCCCAAUCCAGAUUUCGUAUCUUUGAGGCAGUGCCGCGAUGACAUUUGCAAAGAAUUAAAUCUCGUUAGAGAUCAAGUCGAAUUGUCAAUGGGAAUGUCUACCGACUAUGAGCAUGCCAUUGAACUUGGCAGUACAAAUGUUAGAGUCGGAAGCGCAAUAUUUGGAGAGCGGCCGCCAAAAAACUAAAUUUAAAUAUACAAAUAUAACUUUUAAAUACCAAGACUUUAGAUUUUUUUUCGUUAAAUUAAAUAUAUAUGUACAUAUAUAUUUAUCUUUUAAUCUAAUUAUCCUACUAAUGUUAAUUGUACAAAGUGAAGGCUCAUAUAUUUAUAUAUAUGUCGAAUAAUUGCAGUAAACAUCCUCAGGAAGAUACUAAAUAUAUAAAUAAUUAUAUGAAUCAACGAGAAAUUUAAAAUAGAGUUAUUUUAUCUUAAUAUAUUUAAUAAAUAUAUAAUAUACUUAUAUAUUAUUGAUGACAAAUAUUAACCAGAGGUGUUAAAAAUUAAUAUUAACAUUAUUUCGAAAUAAUUUUAUUUUAUCAACGAUUGUUUAGAUCGGAAAACCUCCUGACGGUAGACCCGUCUCUUGUUCAUUAUUAUUAUUAUUAUAUAUUAUUAUUAUUCAUAUUAUUAUAAAUUAUUUAUUUAUUACGAAAAUGAAUAAUGAAGGAUAUAUAUGAGGGAAUUAUAUCUUUUACGUCGUACAUAUGCUACAAUUUUCAAUAAGUACAGCACACGUUUACAUAAAUUAUUAUCAUUAUUAUUAUUAUUAAUAUUAAUAUUAUUAUAAUUAUUAUUAUUAUUAUAAUUAUUAUAUACACGAGCAGAUGCCCCCGAGUGAAGAAAUUAAUUAAAUAUAAAUAAUUAACUUUAGUUUUAUUUAAAAUAAAU